CUUGACCUCAGGCGUCCGGGGCUUCCUGCCAAGGGGCGGAGACUUGGCUGCGGCCUGCAAAAGCGGCCAGCCAGUUGUGUGCCACCCGCCCGAGACCAACCAGCCAUUUCCUGCGGCUGCCACCAGGCAGGAGAACUACAACUCCCAGCAGCCCUUGGGGUUUAGUGUCUUGUCAGCACGCGCCUGGCGAGGAGGUGCCGUUUCGCCCACGGUGCGCAGGCGUUAAACUACAACUUCCGGGAAGCCCCGCGGCAGUGGGUUUUUUCCCCAAGGUAGGAAGAACUGCAUUUCCCAGAAGUCUUUGCGCCCCCGGGGCGGACGCCGUGAGCUCCGGAAUCCCCGGCGGCUGAGCCCACGUGACACGCCGGUGACCAUGGCUUUCUGGGCCGGGGCCCUACGGGGCGCUGCGAGUGGGUCGGCGGCGCUGCUGGGCAGCAGGUGGCUACAGCCCCGAGCCCAGCUAGAGCUUCUGGGCGCGUGGGGCCUGCCCGCUCUGCAGCAGGCGCGGGGCAAGGCGCGCGGGAACGAGUAUCAGCCCAGCAACAUCAAGCGCAAGCACAAGCACGGCUGGAUCCGGCGCCUGAGCUCCCCGGCGGGCGUCCAGGUCGUGCUCCGCCGCAUGCUCAAGGGCCGCCGCUCGCUGAGUCACUGAGGAGCGCCACGCCGCCGACGGGACCCCCGCGACAGCCUGCCCCUCGCCGGGGUCUGGCGCUGUGCUCGCAGGAGCUGGGGGCAGGCGCGACCUGGACCCGAGUGCCCCCGCCCUGUGGGGUUGGCCCGGGGGAGCGGAAGUCAGGCCCUGCCGGGUCCCUUUUUCGUGCACUAGACUCAGGAAGGGUUUCGCACACGCAGCAGACCCCAGAAUAGUACAAGGAACGCCGGUGUACCCAGUACCCGACCUGCCCGCGCCUGUGUUCUUUUGAAGCUGCUCCCAGACAUCGGGCUAGUUCUUCUGUAAACAUUUCAGAGUCUGUGUCUCCAACACAAGACUUGAAAGCGUCAUCACGAGACUUAUCACACCCCAAAGAAUGAUCGAUCAUUUCGAAAUGCCAUUAAAUGUUGAAUAAAUGUU